GACAACCGUAAAUUUCAAACUUCCGCACACGAAAACGAAAACACGAAAGCAGCAAAUGUUACUUAUUUCAAGUAUCACUGUUUUCUAAUGUAUUUCUAAUAAUUUAAGAUUGAAUUAUGUGGUCAUUCUUUUCAAGAGAUCCCACGAAAGAUUUUAGUUAUGAAAUAAGUCCUGAAAAAGUACCUGGUUUAGAUGACAAGUCAAUUUGGACUUUACACAAAGGAAAGAAAAAGGGAUCUGGUGAUCCAGUGUCUGUGUUUGCUUUUGAUGUCAAAGCAAAUAGUGAAUCUCAAGUUCAAAUUGCUAAAGCUUCCUUUAAAAGAAUAAAGACACUGAGACAUCCAAACAUUUUAACAUUUCUGGAUGGAAUUGAGACAGACAAAGUAAUUUACUUCGCUACAGAACCUGUGACACCAUUAGAAACAUAUAUCAGAGAAUGUUCUAGUGAAGGAUCAACAAAUGAAUUGGCUAUAUCUUGGGGUUUACACCAGGUUGUGAAAGGAUUGUCAUUUCUUAUCAAUGAUUGUAAUUUAAUACACAACAAUGUGUGUAUAUCAUCCAUAUUUGUGGAUUCAGCUGGUGAGUGGAAGCUGGGUGGUGUGGAUUAUAUGUAUCCAGCAUCUGGUCAGGACAGUACACCACCAGUAAAGAUCUUGCCAAUGUUAGAAAAAUAUGAUCCUCCUGAAAAAAUAGAUUUAAGGAAAGGAAUGAUGGCCAAAAAAUGGUCAUCAGACAUGUGGGGAGUAGGUUGUUUGAUAUGGGAAGUAUUCAAUGGUCCUUUACCACAAACUUCAUCAUUAAAAGCAUUUGGCAAAAUUCCAAAAUCUCUAGUUCCCAACUAUUGCGAAUUAGUUAGUGCUAAUCCCAACACAAGACCAAACCCAGCCAAGUUAAUACAAGUCUGUAGAAGUACCAAAGGUGUGAUGCAUAAUUCAUUUGUUGAUACCAUGUUAUUUUUGGAAGAAAUCCAGAUUAAAGAAAAGACAGAGAAAACGAACUUUUUCAGUAAAUUAACUCCAUGUUUAGAUUCAUUCCCUCCAUCAUUCUGUAAGAAUAAAAUCCUUCCACAAUUGUUAAAUGCAUUUGAGUAUGGUGAUGCUGGUUCUUCAGUAUUAGCUCCAUUAUUUAAGAUAGGAAAACUGUUAGAUAUGGACGAGUAUCAGAAGAAGAUAGUUCCAUGUGUGGUUAAAUUAUUCUCUUCAACAGAUAGAGCUACUAGGGUCAAAUUGUUACAACAGAUUGAUUCCUUUGGUGAAUUUUUACAACCAGAUACAGUUAAUAACCAGAUAUUCCCUCAGAUAAGUCAUGGUUUCUCAGAUACAAAUCCUGUAGUCAGAGAAAGUACUGUAAAGGCAAUGUUACAGUUAGCUGCAAAGUUGAAUUAUAAAAACUUAAAUGAAGAAUUGAUGAAACACUUUGCAAGGUUACAGGCCAAAGAUGAUCAGGGAGGUAUUAGGACAAACACAACAGUAUGUCUGGGUAAAAUAGCAGGGUACCUUAGUCCCAAUAUUAGACAGAAGAUUAUCACCUCUGCCUUCUUACGAGCUUUACGAGAUCCCUUCCCUGCAGUCAGACAGGCAGGUAUCUUAGGUAUGGCAGCUACACAGAAUUAUUUUCUUCUCAAAGAAGUUUCAGUCAGGUUACUGCCAGCUUUAUGUACUGCGACGAUGGAUCCUGAAAAAAGUGUCCGUGAUCAAGCCUUCAAAGCUAUCAAAGGUUUUAUAUCAAAGUUGGAAAAGGUAUCAGAAAAUCCUGACUUACUGGAAGAGAUGGAAAAGGAUGUAAUGUCUGGUGGUUCACCAUCAAGUAUUGCAGCAGGAUGGGCUGGUUGGGCUGUUACUGGUGUUUCCUCCUUAACUUCUAAAAUAUACAGCAAAGCUAGAGCUAAAAAUCCACAAGCAGGUGAAAAUCCUUCAUUAUCAGGAACAGCACAAAGUUCUACUGCAGAAUUAACCAAACCUACAGUUCAAACUAAAUCAGAACCGGAACCAGUUCAAACUAAUCUUACUGAGCCAGUGGAAGCAGAUGAAGGGGCAGGAUGGGAUGAUGAAGAUUGGGGUGAUAUUGAUACAAGUCCUGUUUCCAGUCCAGCAGUUACAUCUACAACAGCCACUAUUGGUGUCAGUGGUGAUAACUCUGGGUGGGACAAUGGUGAUGAUGAUGACAACUGGGGAAGUCUAGAGGAGACACCAUCUCAAAUGCAAUAUAAGCCAGCUCCCAGUGGAUCUCAUGCAUUAAAACUAGAGCAUAAACCACAGAAAUCAGACAGGAAUACUGAAGAUGAAUUUCUGUCAACUGAAGAUAGUGGUUUACCUCAAGCCAGCUCCUAUACCUGGGGAGAACCUCAACAAGAUGACUUCUUUGCUUCAGCAAUGGGUUUACCUACAAAAAAGCCAACAAAUCUUUCGAAAUCAACAGCCAGUGCUUCUAGUGGCAAUUCUAGGUUGAGUCCAGCCCCAGCUGCUGGAAGUUCUGGAUCAAGUCCAGCAAGGGUAACCAGCAAUAUAAACUCUAGUCAAGACAAAUCUGAAGGUUGGGAUGUAGAAGACACAGGGUGGGAGGAUGAUUCAUGGAGUGAUACUAAAGUAACAAACAAAUCUGUGACAUCAGUGACUUCUAAUAGUAAACAAUCUAGUGUAAAAGCAAACAGUGAUAGUGCAUCAUGGGAAGAUUCAGGUGGAGGCUGGGAGGACAGUGGAUGGGGUUCAUUUAAUGAUUCAACUAAAAGUGAUGUAGGAAAUAGGGAAGAAAAAAGGUUGCAACGACAAAAAGAACUUCAACAAAAGAGAGAGGCACGAAAGGCUCGUGGUGGAUUGAAACUUGGAGCCAGAAAAUUUGCUGCAGACUGAGAUUAUAGUAUUUAUGAAGUCAUAAUGUAAUAAAUUAUUUAUGAAAUAA